CCACCAUGUCACAACCAGUCUGGCUCAUCACCGGCGCUUCCACAGGCCUCGGCCUCAGCCUCUGCUUGCGCGUCCUCCGCGCUGGCCACACCGUCAUCGGCUCCGUUCGCAACAAGACUAAAUCGGCAGCAAGCGUGCAAAAGAUUGAGCAGGCCGGCGGCUCCGUCAUUGAAAUGGACAUGACCGAGUCCAAGGCCAGCAUCACAGCCAAGAUCCAGGCCCUCGGGCGCAUCGACUACCUCGUUAAUAAUGCUGGAUACUCCAUCCUGGCGCCCUGCGAAUACAUUUCAGAUACGGAUGCCACUUUACAAAUGAAUACCAACUACUUUGGGCCGCUGUACGCCAUGCAGGCCGUACUUCCGGGCAUGAGAGCGCAAAAGUCUGGUACCAUUGUCAACGUCUCUAGUGUGGCUGCGCAGGAUCCCAAACCUGCGUGUUCGUUAUAUUGUGCAUCGAAGGCUGCUUUGGAGGCUACAUCAGAGUCUCUGGCUAUAGAAGUUGCUCCACACGGCAUCAAUAUUCUCAUUGUUGAGCCUGGAGGCUUCCGCACCGACUUUGUCAACGGCUUGGCUGCAGCAAGCCCUGAUCCCUCGACUGUCCCAGCCCACUACGAAAACCCCGUUGGAGCCACCAUGAAGGCAUUCCUCGCGUACCACGGCAAACAGGUGGGCGAUCCCGACAAGGCCGUUGAGCGCAUCUUUGAGGCAGCAUCUGGAGAAGGGCUAGCUGGCUCUCUCAAAGGCAAAGUACUGCGCCUCGUACUUGGAAGUGACGCCAUGGCACGCAUUCGCAACAACACAAGCAAAUACGUCUCCGAGCUGGACUUGCAAAACGAGACAUCUAAAAGCACUGAUGUUACUGAAUAAUGAACUGAAUUCCAAUAUUACUUUCUAAACUGCUUUAAACAGCUCUUCAUGUCUCAGCGCCAAACAGAGUAUCAUGCCGCGUCAUGAUACGUCCAAAGCAAGUAGCGCAUCGUGUAUUUUCCAUCACCACCAAACAUGGAAUCAUCUUGCACUAGCUCGCGCAGCACCGUGAAUCCCAUCUUUUCGUACAAUCGGAAACCAGGCUUGCAAGCCAAGAUGUACAUGUCCAGCUUCAAAUCUGCUGCACAUUCCAUCACUUUUUUGAGAAGAAGCGUGCCGAUGCCUUUACCCUGUUGGUCUGGGUGAAUAGCGAGGUAAUCAAGAUCUAUAACGGGCGUUAGUCAAGCUUGGAGUAUUCGUCGUGCAGCCAACAUACUUAUGUACGGCGUAGUGAGCGAGGCCUUCACCUCCUUGUUCAGACCUUGGAUUUUUUCGUCUAUCGCAUCCGUAUCACUUCCUGGAUUAAACGAGGUUGCUUCCACCGCUUUUUCAAUCUCUGCAUUUUCUUUAUCCGUCACUGUUGGCCCCAGAAACUCAGGCCACACAAGAUUACCAGCGUCGUCUUUUGCCCGUUCCGCAGGGAUAAGCCAACGAGCAUAUCCCACAACAUUCCCCGCCUCAUCAACAGCCUUCAUAUGCCGCUGUAUCUUGUGAUCCGCUAGAAGCCUCCGAGCAUAUCUUACUCCUUGUACCUUAAUAUGCUCCUCCAAUGUCGUGUGCUUCCAGGUAAGUGCCCAUGUUUUGUCCUGCCAAAAGGCAGGCAUGUUGUUUCUGGCUAACGCGGGCGCAUCUGCCAACGUGCAAGGUUCCAGCGUGUAUUGAACCAUCGUGUUUAUCCUUAUUCCGUACAAUCUAUCUAUAUUUGUUAAAAGAAGAAGAGAGCUCAGAGCCGCGCUGUUCACGUCAACGUGGCCGAUGACGACGAUCCCCGCUUAGCCGAGUUUGGAAAUGCCCCGAGCCUUAGUCUUCAUUAAGCCACGGCACCACGGGCGGUCUUUUGGCAAGGCCUCGUAGAAAGCGUUCGGGUAGAUGCCAGAGUUCUUUGUCUAGAAUCUCGUGUGAAUAGUUCAAGUAGUUGACACAAAAGACCGUCCACACUAAUGACUGUGAACGAAACGCACCGAGAGCCGGAAGAAAUGGGUCAUUCGCCUUUGCUGCUUCAAUUGCGUGGUCUACGCCUUCAUUAUCAAGGGUGAUUAGUUGGCAUUGGUCGAAAUCGAUAACCCAAAACUGCGUUGUUCGGAUUUGGGCAAAAGCAAAUCGUGAGCCACCCAGAACAAACUCGACUCCGCGUGCAUCUACCAUUGCCUCCCAAUGAAGAACGGCCAUGGCAUAGGCCAUGC